CUCCCACCUCUUCGCCUUCCUGUGUCGUUGUUUUUGCUCGUUCACGUCGUUUUUCUUUUCAGGAAAAAAGGUGUGUGUAAAAUCCAAACAUAGAAUUUCCCAGUCGCUUUUUAAGUGCGGAAAAGCUGAACACAGGUACACACACGCGCGCACACAUACGCACCAGGAGCGCCAGACACAAACGAGCGAGCCCUUGGCCCGACGAAACGAAACGUUUAAAAAAAAAGCAAAAAAAAGCCCCGAAACCCGCGGUUUGGCCAAAGCAGGAGCAAUAAGUUCACGAUUUUAUAAGUAAACGACGUCCGAGGCAGGAAAAGCACAAACGCGCGUAUACGAGAAGUAAAGAAAAGGUACAUCCAUUGUACAGUGUUUUGUUUCAUGUGUGGUGUAAGGAGAUAAGUAAUGUGGUGUCUUUCAUGCGUCUCUUCUCCAACUAAUUCAGAACCAAUGGCUGCUAUCAGGAAAAAGCUGGUGAUCGUCGGCGAUGGUGCCUGCGGUAAAACCUGUCUGCUGAUUGUCUUCAGCAAGGAUCAGUUCCCGGAGGUAUAUGUGCCGACCGUGUUCGAAAACUACGUAGCCGACAUCGAAGUCGACGGCAAGCAGGUCGAGCUGGCGCUAUGGGACACGGCUGGACAGGAAGAUUACGACAGACUGAGGCCGCUGAGCUAUCCAGAUACCGACGUUAUUCUCAUGUGUUUCUCUGUUGAUUCGCCCGACUCGUUGGAGAACAUCCCCGAAAAAUGGACACCUGAGGUCAAGCAUUUCUGCCCUAAUGUACCCAUCAUCUUAGUUGGUAACAAGAAAGAUCUCAGAAAUGACUCUCACACUAUUAAGGAAUUGGCCAAAAUGAAGCAGGAGCCAGUCAAGCCACAGGAAGGACGUGCGAUGGCCGAGAAAAUAAAUGCAUUCGCUUAUUUAGAGUGUUCGGCCAAGUCUAAGGAAGGCGUCCGCGAGGUGUUCGAAACUGCUACGAGAGCAGCGUUACAGGUCAAAAAGAAGAAGAAGAGUAAAUGUGUUCUGCUCUAAAAGAGCAAAGCCAGCAUUGUGCUCCUAUUGCGAUGUGUUGCGCGCAUAAACACUGAGCUGAUGGUGAGAAACGGAGGAAACGAGUGGCGAAACACGAUAGGGAGAACUUGAACAACGGGAAGAAAUAGUGCGUGGAAAGUAGGGAAGAAACGUGUGUAAAGAGAUGGCGGUAGAUAGAUGGCCAAGCGUUAUCAAACUAAUAACGUUCGUACGCCAGAGAAAGUGAAGACGUAAUUCGUAGAUAAACGCCACAUGCAUUAACAACAACAGCAGAAGCCUCAGAUCGAAGCAAAGAAUCCUUUUUUAGAACGAAAAAGAAACAUCUUUCGAACACCUUUCACGGAAUAGACCAAAAACAAACAGAAACAAACCCACACAAACAUAAAAAGAUGCAGAAGCGAUUUAAAAUGAUACAGGAUUACGCUGAUCCACGGAGAGCCAAGACGAGCCUUACAGUUUUAAGGGCAGCAAGAAGAAAAGUGAAUCACAAAAGAAAAAUUAGAUCUACAUGUGGUAAGCCUCAGCCUUUGGUGGUGUCAAGAUCAAGUAAUACUAGAAUUACUGCGUCCUAGAGAAGGUAGCGUAGUCUGCGAACGCCUUUUUUAAAUGUGUACCUAGCGUAACGCAUGCGAGAUCACUGAAGACGACUGCUUCAACGGUAUCAGAAGAGAGGUGUCGUUUUCUAACGCCACGCAAGGAAACAAGCACACGCGAAUGGAAUGUGCACACUCUAACCUGCAACACUGCUCUGUUCAAAUCAUUUUAUAGUUCCAGAACAACACAAACAAGAGCUUUGAAUUUAUGAUGGAUAAAAUCAAGUUGUCCAGCAAUCACUGCGCACACGUAUCAAACGCGUGUACAGUACGGGGUUUUUCGAUAGGGUAACCGCAACAGUACCACAUUUGCCGUGCAUAGCCCAGGGAGAAAAUUUCGAAAGUUUCCCGACGUUCAUGUUUCUCAUAUUUGGAACCCCCCAUUUUUCCUGUUUUUAUCUACACAACAUAAUACACACCUACAUACAUACAUGCAUGCAUAAGAUGGCAUCUAUUAGAUGUGUUUUUUUAUUAUUAACUAUUUGGUAAGCGGUAAUGUAAACAUCAUGGUGUGUGCAGAAAAAUGCAGCAUGAAAAAAAACACUAAAUAGUCUAAAAGAGGACAAUGUUAGGAAAGGGCAUAAUGAUAGAUAACCAAGCGCUCAUCACACUCGAAGAUAGCAGUUGAUAAAAGAGGAAGAACAAAUAGACAAACACAGACACACUAUUCAGUCACACACAUACACAAUGUAGGAGAACGGUGAUGUAGAAUAACACACUAUUCUUUUAGCCAGGAGCGCAUGAAUCGUUCGUUCGCACUAGCAUAUUUACAAGUGUAUCCGAGCAGAGAAAAAGCAGUAACAUACAUAAACGCCCAUCCAUGCAAUACGAGAUUAUAAUCGAAUGAUAGAAGCGCGCGUUUGUAAUACGAUGACCCCGGCAAACGGGCAACAUAAUUUGGAUGAUCAGGUGUAAGGAAACAUUUAAUUGCAACAUCUUUGUGUUGCUCUAACCUUUGAUGUUUGCUACUCGAUUGUAUAAGACAAGCGGUGGUCAAAAUCGGGCCAUACUGCUACACGUCUAGCCCUAUCAAUACUUCCCGAGAAGCUCGCAAGCAGACACCAGGUGUACUCGGAUUUUUAAAUUAAACCAUCGGUAUCAGAUAGAGCAGUGGCGCAUCCAGAACACACAUUAUUAUUUGGCAAUGAAAGUGGAACAAAACCUUGGGGAAACAAUUGGCGAAUGGUCGUUGGGAUCGUCUAAAUGCGCUAUAGCAACAAAAAUGCAAACGCGAAAAAGAACGAGGAAGUUGAAACGGAUUUAGGAUAGUAAUAGGGUAACACAGAUUAGUGCGAGGAAGAGUCAGAAUUUUAAAAAAGAAUGCAGAAGAAUAAAUUCUAACCAAUGAUAAAUGGAAACAACAAAACACAACACACAAAAUCAAAAUCAAUCCGAUUGUCUUCGUGGUGGUGGUCAUGGUGGUGGUUUUUGCGCGGGUUAAUGGAAGAGUGGAAGAAACGAAGCGAAAUUGUUAUUUGCGUGUUCUUCUACAUUGCUACUGGUUUAAUGAAAUUGAGGAAAUGACCAUACAGGUGUAUUUCUAUGUUUCAAAGGGCUCAUGAAGUUCAGGUCGUUAUUUAUUCUAUUCAAUGGAUGUGGUGUUGUUUGCCCGUUCGAGGUGUCCCGAGUUCCAGAGGUCCCAUUGCGUUGGAGUUUUAACUGGCAAGAAAAUGGUGAAGAGAAGUAAAUCAUCUUGUAAUUCAACGAAAGAAGCGUAUGGUAUUUGGACCAAGGCAAUCAGCAGGAUGCCUCGGAAUGGAGACAUGCACGUACAUUGCGAAAGGAUGAAAAAGAUGAACUCGGUGGAUAAGUAAAUAUGUUUGUGAGCGAACGAUUCGCCGUUCGUACCAAAUCAGACUCUCCUCUUUUACAGUGCUGCUGCUACACCGUUUUGGUUGGUAGCAUCUGUUACGAUGUGUAUGUAUGUAGUGUAUCUUCCUAGUAUGUUUAGAUUUUUUGGACAGUUUGUGAAGUUUAUGUACUCCCGUACCCGUAUGUAUUGGGAUUUUAGCGCGUACGAGUGUGGUCCCUAUUUCUGGGCAGCACAAUACACUGCUAGAAAGUAAGGUAGUGUUUGGAAAAAGGGGAUGUUGAAGUUCAGUAUACUCUUGUGUCACUAUGCCCAACUCGUGCAGUGUUCUGUUUCGGGCCGAGCCGUACUGAUGUGAUCAAUGUGUAUCUUAUUGCGCGUGAUGCCACAUAGCUAAAGAGAAAGAAAAAAAGGAAAGAAGAGAGAGAAAGUGGGAUGUAAUUAAGAAAGGGAAACUGUUCCCAGGAAUAUUUGUGUAGAGAAUUAGCUACGCUACUACACUGACAAAAAUCGGGUAUUUUAGCAUAUACAUUUAAGUAGUAAUUUUGGUAUUCUCGGUGCAUUGUGUAAAAAUGUCAUCUUUGUAAUGCAACAAGUCCUCGCUGUUGUUAUAGGUGUGUUGUGUCCAUCUCGUAACAAAGUGUUUCGUAUAAAGUUUUAAUUUGUUUCCCAAUAAUUGUAAGCGUAUUGCACUGGAAGAUGAAUCCCAUCUUCCCAUCUUAUGACUGCAGUAAUCCUUUGUGGUUUAGUUCUGGAUCAGAUUCAAUCCUAUAUGUAAUGCGCACAAUCAUUGUGUAACUAACCGAGAUCACAGAAAACAAUAGAAAAUACGUGGCCAUUCUCUCCUUUGCAGUAUGGGUAUAGUAGAAAAACGAGCUCUAAUUCAAAACCAAUUGAACCAUUUAUAAAACCACUCACCAAAAACUUCCCCACCAAACAGUUUACAAUUCCGGCUACACAGAACAAAGAUGGAGAGUGCUAUUCUCUUUUACACGCACUGGAAGAAUAUAGCGUCCGAUAAUGUGGUCGGUCGGUCAUUAUCUGUGUAUGGCCGGAGACGUUACCAUUUUGAAUGAUUUUAUUUUAAAGGUAUCACUACCGAGACAUUGAAGCCGGAGUUCUUUAUUGCAAUCCCGUUGUGUGGGAACGACAGGAUGGAAGCAUCGUAGGAAAUCAUUUGGACUGAAACACUCUUCUGUAAAAGAAGGAAAUACACACACGCACACGCAGACAGUGAGCGAUUGUAGCCACUAUACAUAUUAUUGAAAUAUAGUAAUUUCUAUUUCUACUACUAAUCCUACUAAGACUACAACUACUUCUUAUUCGAUCUAAGGGACAUGAAAACAACUCUGCUGGUGAUGGUUAGAGAGGCGAUGAUAUACAGAAAAAAAACUCGAUAACGCUUUUUAGAUACAGAGAUAGGCCUUUUACAGAAGCUAUUGAAAUUUACUGAACACCCUCGUAUGAUGUACUUUUGCCGCGGAGCAUACGCGAAUGAAUGUUCCUUUUUCGUUGCGCCCGUGCCAGAGACAUCCAGUGUAUGUGCUUAUUCUAUUGAUUGUUACGGAACGACACCGUUGUGCAGAUAGUUAGGAGUCAAAAUGACGGCAUCUAUGUAAUGCUACUUCUCGCUAUGCCCGGUUGAAUGUUGGCACAUUUGUGCAGCAAACAAAUGGGAAAGCAAAUUUUUAAUAUGGGUUGGUUUGGAGGGAAGAGUUGUGUCCAUUGUAUUGUUUCGUAUUUUAGUAUUUCGUUCAUUAUUUUUGGCACACUUGACGAUGAUUUGUUAGGCAAAUGCGUUGACAAAACGCGUUUAUUUUGAGAAGGAAAUCUUCCUCUAGCAUGAGAGGAUCAUCUUUACUGUGUGAACAUUUCCGUUUUGUUUUUUUUGUUGUUGUAUGCAGCGCGUUUGUGCGCUUUCAAAGGGUAUUGAGAAGGAUAUUUUUGUACCGAGUGGGAAAGGUUCUUCGUUACCCUUUCGUAUCAUUGAUCGCUGUAUAAUGAAAAUUAAUCGCAUUAAACCAUUAUUCCUUCUACGUCCCUCAACCAUUUUGCAUGGUGAUAACUCUUAAGGAACAUCAUAACUAAACCAACAUAGAUGUAUGCUUUCGAGAACACAAAUUUUCACAAUUAAGUGUCAAUAGAGAAAGCCGCAAGAGACGCGAUUGAAAAAAUCCCAACAAAUUUACCGUUUUUGCUGUAUAGUGCUAACAUAAUAAACUAAACUCAACAAGAAAAUGAAAAAAAAUCCGAAGGGGUAAAUCAAAGAUUGGCGUUACGCUUGUGAUGGUACAUAUAUAAAUAUAGAAACACAUUUACAAACGAAAGCGUUGAACAAACGAAACACGAAACAUUGCCACAUUUGACACAAACGCAGUGAGCAAACUCCGCAGAUACUUUUAGAAUUAAUCAAAGCUCGUAUCAAUUAUACAAUUCAAGCCAAAAUGGGCAGAUGAUAAGCUACAUUUUCAUACAGACUCGCACCAGUAACAUGGAUCAUCGGGUACAGAUCAUUUUUGGGAACUGACGCAGUGAUCAAAUACAGCAGAAUCGUACACACACCUUCUCACUCUCAUGCGAAAGGCGCGACAUCGUACAUCUCUUAGAAAUAUUAUAGAUAAAAAUUAACUAAUUAUUAAACAGAAUAAACAAACAAACAACCAAACAAACGGCGAAACAAAGAUAAAACCACAAUGAAACACAACACGGGAAAAAAACACGAGAGCAUGAUGGUGCUGGAAGAGGAAUUAUGUUUGUUUUAAAAUGGAAUCGACAUUCGUAACUGAAUUAAAACAGAAAAUAAGUAUCAUACCAGCGCAUAUACAUGUUGCCGAAUAAGAGACUUAGAAAUGAGUACGAUAAACGAUGGACAAUUGAUAAUAGAUAGGCAGAGAGAGGGAGAGAGAUAAGAGAAGCAGGAUUAUGAAUGAGAAGGCAAAUAAACAUAAUUGUUUCGCGGACGAACACGAGUGUGCAAACGCACGCAUUCCGUAAACCUUUGCUACAGACGAAGAGCAGGGCAGGAAAGUGUUUGCAUCUCCUCGUCGUUUUUUGGUUUGAUUUUGAUAAGCUUAGUAAACUACUAUUGCUGCUCUUAUUUUUACUGCGAAACGGGAAAAGGGAAACUAUUCUUGGUAAUUGUGCAGAACGACAGGAACUGAAACACUGUAAAGAAUAUUGGAAAAGGAAGAAAAAGCGCAAACAAACAAACAAAAAACAACAAUCCCUCGGAAAAUGUUUUUAAAACUUUAUUGAUUAUGUAAACGAUCGCAGAAUGCAAAACGAUAAUGGAAUGUAAAGGGAAAUAAACCUAUGUUUUCAAAAAAAAA